ACAGAGGUGACACACACACAGAGAGAGAGAGAGAGAUGCUGCACCUGUGCAUGAUUACCUGAGGAGAAGGAGAAUAAAAUAGAGAGGAGGUUUAGAGGUUGUAAGCAUGGCGGGACAGUUUGACAUCUGAUCUUCCUUAGUCAACAACAAGGUCAGUCCUCCCCCUCUCUACGGGUGCCAUGGCGGAUCAAAGCUGGUGGAAGCUGACCUUCUCCCGCAAGAAGAAGUCUGAAUCCAAGGUCCUGUACGAGAUCCCAGCAGAGUAUGGCAGCAACACGGGGAACAAAGAGCACCCGAGCGGUACCCCCCCCACAGACCACAUGGACAGCCAGUUCAAUGCCAGGCUGGAGAAGAUCGUGGACAAGUCUGCCACCAAGGGCCGCCACGUCAAGGUGUCCCACUCCGGACGCUUCAAGGAGAAGAAGAAGGUCCGAGCCACGCUGGCAGAGAACCCCAGCCUGUUCUCCGAGCACAGCCUCAGUGACGAGAACCACAAAAAGAAGACUGACAAAUGAAAAGCACACCUGAUUGCAAAUGUGUGAUACAUGAGUGUUGCACUGAUAAAUGCUGAAAUGAAGGAUAAAACGUACACAAGCACAACCAUGUGGUGCUACUGUACUGUACAUGUGCUAAACUGGAUCAACACAAGGCCCCACACCCAUAGAUACUGUAACCAAUGGACUCCCACCAAUACAAACAGCUGGUAUCAGCACACAGGAGACGUUUUUAUUACGCCUCAUAUUCUCCCUUUCUGUUAUUUAUCUACAGUCUGCCUCACCUCAUGCAAACAUCCCUUUGAAUUACUUUAUUGUACAUUUAUUUUUAUUAUUAUUAAGGAUUGCUGGAAUUAAAACCUCCUUUUUUACGUCUUACAAAAUCAAAAGAACAUUUUUAUUACGUUUUCAUGACCAAAGUAAAUAGGAGACUUGAUUUUGAUGUUGAUAUAUUGUGAUAAAUAAUCAUUUUAAAUGAAA